AAAGUUUGCCACCUUAUAAACUACUAUAAUAUUUUAAUGUUCCUUAAGAUGAAAAGCUAGUUGGUAUUGUUUUCAAGACUACGGUGAAGUGAUGGGGGUAAUUAAAUAAUCAGAUGAAGAAGCCAGGAUUUUUCCAGGAUUACACAAAAUGAUACUAUGCAUCAUGUUUUUGGAGAAGGAGAUGCAGCAAGAUACAUGUGGAAUAAUAUGGGAAACCCCCUUGGAAUACAACAUGCAAAUCAGCCUAUUGUCAACAUCUUCAACAAUUGGUGGAGUAGAAAAUCUGAAAAUAAUGUUCACAAGAUUCUACUAAAGAUCACUCCUAACUUCAUCUGCUGGGAAUUAUGGAAGCAGUGGUGUGCUUGCAAACAUGGUGGCCAAAGACAUUUCCUUUAUAGCAGGAUGUUUUACCAAGCUUUUGGUCAUAUCAAAGCUGCUUUGACCAAGUAUUUUCAGAAAUUGCAAGAUAUCAACCACUGGCCUACUUUCUGUCUUAUAAUAGAGAAACUUAGGCCAGUGCAUAUGGUGAAGCAAGUUACCUGGAUCUGUCCUCAACCUGGAAGCAUCAAGAUCAAUACAGAUGGUAGUUACUUACAUAAGAGUGGCAGGGCAGGCAUUGGUGGAAUUGUAAGGAAUAGUCAGGGUGAACUGAUUAUGGCAUUUUCCAUUUCUGUCAAUUGUUGUAACAACAAUAUGGCGGAGGCUUUAGUAGCAGAGUUUGGGGUAAAAUGGUGCUAUCAACAUGGAUACACGAAUUUUACCCUUGAACUAGAUUCUAAGGUCAUAGCUACUAUGUUGGAUAACAACCUUGUCACUAACAUGAAGCUAAAACAAGUCCUGGACACCAUCCGAAGUAUCAAGAAUAGAGUUGGGAUUCAAGUGAGCCACUGCUUCAGAGAAGGGAACCACGUUGCAGAUCUUUUAGCAAAAUUUGCUUCCACAUCUAAUCAGAAUCUCCUCACUAAGUCUCUCCUUCAUUUGCCUAGACAAGCAAGAGGCUCUUUUCAGUUAGAUAAGUGGCAACUGCCCAGUCUUAGGUGUAAAUAUGACAAAGCCAAUUUUUUUGUUAGCUAAAUUGGUUUGAUUAGUGAUAUACCAGAAGGCGCUCUAAUAUAUUGUUUUGUAAGCCUUCUGGUCUCCUUGGGGUGAUUUAAUCACCUUUGGCUGUGUUGUAUUGAGGUCAGGUCUAGCCCCCCUCUUUUUGCUAAUACAACACGACUCAGAGCUGAGGUAAUUGAUUAAAAAAAAAAAAAGACUCUAAUAUGAUACAUCUGAUUAAAGAUGAAGGAAUCAAGCUUAUAUAUACGUGAGAGUAUGUGUUAAAGAAUUCCAAAAAUAAUCUUGUUUGGAGCACACAGGGCUGUGGCUAGUGGUCAACGAAGUGGAUUGAGCACCAUGGGGUCUGGGGUCACGAUAAAAAACACUAAGUGAUUUCUUCCUAUCUGUUCUAGCCUUGGUGGACAUGAUUACCUAGUACCUGUUUUUGGUGGGAGGUGACCAUAUUCCGUGGAAUUAGUCGAGGAGAGCGGCAAGCUUGCCCUGACAUCGAGGUUAUCACAAAAAAAAAAAAAAAAAAAAAAAAACCUUCUCUGCAAGUUCAAGUUUUUGAAGAAUCGGUUUGGGAAUUUUCAACUUCAAUUUCCAAAAACUUCAACUUUGAAAACAUUUUUUCUCAAGUUCAGCUUCAAGUUUUCAAACAAAUUAAUGCCAUGAAAGGGUUGCAUCUAAGAAUGUCCAGUUCUAAUUGUUUCAUUUUAGAAUUUUUAUUUUCCACAUAAAGCGAGAUUCCACCCUCCCCCUCUAUAAAGUAGAAAUAAAAGAAAAAUGAGGUAGACAACAUCCAUAGUAAAGAUAUGUAUCAACAUGAAAUGUUUAAAUACUAAAUUCUCCAUGUCGGAACUUUGUUAGGCAAUUAAGGAAACUUCAAUAAAUACAUAUAACGUCAUAAUAUUG